AAAAGUAUUCCACAAUGAAUCUAAGUGGUAAAAAUGUUGUUUUUGUUGCCGGUUUUGGUGGCAUUGGUUUUGAAGCCUGUAAGCAAUUGAUGACUCGUAAUGUGGCCAAUUUAUUCCUUUUGGAUGUUAUGGAAAAUCCCAAAGCCCUGCAACACUUACAGGAUUUGAAUAAGAAUACCAAAGUCACUUACAUCUAUUGUGAUGUCACCGAUAAAACGUCCAUUAAAAAUGCAAUCAAUCAUGUUGUGAAAAGUGUUCAAUAUAUUGAUGUAUUGGUAAAUGGCGCCGGUGUUAUUGCUGAUCGUAAUGUUGAAUUUACAAUUAAUGUGAAUUUAAUUGGUCUGAUUAAUACCACCCUGGAGGCUAUGCCGUAUAUGGAUAAAUCACAAAAAGGACGAGGUGGUGUUAUUUUAAAUAUUGCCUCGGUAUUGGGUUUGGAACCUUGUCCACCCAUUGCUGUUUACAGUGCAUCGAAAUUUGGUGUUGUAGGCUUUACCCGCUCAUUGGCUGAUCAAUAUUAUUAUCAACGUAGUGGUGUUGCCAUAACUGGUCUUUGCCCUGGUCUAACUGAAAGUCCCAUGACAGCUAAUCCCACAAUUAGUGACACUUUUGAGUAUUCAAAACCAUUGACAGACAAAGUAUUUGCUGCACCACGUCAACCAGCAGCAAAAGCUGGUGAACAUUUAGUCCAAGUUUUGGAAAUGGCCCAAAAUGAUACCUUGUGGAUCACAGAUCGUUGUGCCAUUAAGAAAGUCGAACAUAAAUUGUUCUGGGAAGCCUAUUAAAAUGAU